AUGGCGAAAGGGACUCCUCAUAUUUUAAUCGUGGGCGGUGGCCUGGGAGGCUUGCUUCUCGGCCAGACACUGCGUAAGAAUAAGGUCUCUUUUGAGAUUUUUGAGCGAGAUCGUAGUGACAAUAUUCGAGUUCAGGGGUGGGCGAUUGGCCUCCACACUAUUCUCGAAGAGCUCGAUACGUCUAUCCCCGAUGAUAUGCCAUCACGCGAUUUCGUAAACCAUUUGCUGCCCCUGAAAUACAACUAUGAGUGCGCCUGGUAUAGACAUGACCGCACUAGAAAGCUUGGAGUCCGUGACGAUGGCAGUGGGAAAUUUAUUCGUGCGAACCGUGCUCGACUUCGGAAGUGGUUAGCAACGAACAUGCCGAUCCAAUAUGGCAAGCAUGCCGUUCGCAUUGAAGAACAUGAUAAUUCCGUAACUGUAUACUUCGAAGACGGGACUUCGGCCACUGGCGACAUCCUUAUUGGAGCGGAUGGCCCUUAUAGUCCUACUAGGAAAUACCUCCUAGGCGGGCAGGAUGUCAUCAGGAAACCACGCCAAGGGGUAAUAAACGGAGAGAUCAUCCUAAGCGGCCGCGAUAUGGAGGAACAACUCCAGAUAGGAUGUUCCUGUUAUAUAGUCGAUGCGAGUUUGACUGAUGAAGCUCCUUCGUUCCUCUUCGUUGGCCUAAGCGAGGCCUAUCCUGAUGGGAAAUCCGGCAAAUAUUUCUUUAAUUUGUUUUGGCGCGACGAUGAAGCAACUAAGAAGGAUUUCUGGACGUACUCAGCCAGCAGUGAGAAGUUAUACGAGACAGCGUUGGAGAAAACAAAGCAUCUGCCGGCCAAGUUCAGAUCUAUCGUAGAGAAAACGGGACCUCAAGGAAUGAAGAACCCGCCCUUGCACAUCUACACGUUGACCAUGGACCCGGAGUUAUUGCCUAAGGGAAGGGUUACGCUACUUGGCGAUGCUGCGCAUUGUAUGCCCUCAUUUCGAGGUGAAGGAGGGUUCCACGCCUUGCUUGAUGCGCUCAAGCUUGGGAAAAUCUUAACUCGAUUACAGACAAACAACACCGAUGAAAUUACAAGGGUGCUUGGGGAUUAUCAAGACGAAAUGAUUGAAAGAGGAUCGAAGGCAGCGGAAUGGUCAAGUAUUGCUUUUGACGAACCCUGGAGUGGUGAGGAUGCCGGACCUCGCAUUAUUUGGGGUCUGCCUGUGGUGCCUCUGCCUGACGAGAAGGCUACUCUGUGA